GACACCUGGCCGGGACCUGCGCGCUGACAGCGGCUCGGGCGGGCGCACAGCGCAGCGCGCGUGGAGCCGUCCCGCGUGGAGCGCGCCAUGGGCCCCGCCGCGCGCGCCGCCGCCCUGCUGCUCUGCGCCCCGCUGCUGCGGCUCUGCGCCCCCGGCCCGGCCGCCGACGCCCCGCGGCCCCGCCUGCGCCUGGCGCACCGAGAGCUCUUGGAUCUGAACAGAACGUCAAUAUUCCAUAGCCCACGUGGAUCCCUUGAUCUCCAUUCGAUGCUGCUGGAUGAAUACCAAGAACGACUCUUCGUAGGGGGCAGGGACCUUCUGUAUUCUCUCAGCCUAGAGCGAAUCAGUGACGGCUACAGAGAGAUUCACUGGCCCAGUACAGCGCUAAAAAUAGAAGACUGCAUAAUGAAAGGGAAGGACGCGAGCGAGUGUGCGAAUUUCGUCCGCGUUUUACAUCACUACAACAGGACCCACCUGCUGACCUGCGGGACUGGCGCCUUCGACCCGCUCUGUGCCUUCAUUCGGGUUGGCUAUCACCUGGAGGAGCCCAUAUUCCACUUGGAGUCGCACAGAUCCGAGCGGGGAAGGGGCAGAUGUCCUUUUGACCCCAGCUCCCCAUUCGUCUCCACCUUGAUUGGUGGCGAGCUCUUCGCGGGCCUCUAUGGUGACUACUGGGGCCGUGAUGCUGCCCUUACCCGCAGCCCUGGCCGCCUGGGCCAUGUGCGCACUGAGCCCGACGAUGAGCGCCUGCUAAGAGAGCCCAAGUUUGUGGGCGCCCACCUGGUGCCCGACAACGAGGACCGCGCGGACGACAAGGUCUACUUCUUCUUCAGCGAGCGGGCGCAGGAGGCUGAGCGUGGCGCGCAGGCCCUGUUCGCACGCGUGGGGCGGCUGUGCGUGAAUGACGCGGGCGGGCAGAGGAUCCUGGUGAACAAGUGGACCACCUUCCUGAAGGCCAGGCUGGUGUGCUCCGUGCCGGGCGUGAACGGGAUCGACACAUAUUUCGAUGACUUGGAGGAUGUUUUCUUGCUGCACACCAGAGAUCAGAAGAACCCAGUGAUAUUCGGACUGUUUAACACUACCAGCACCAUCUUCAGAGGACACGCCAUCUGCGUCUACCACAUGUCCAGCAUCCGGGCGGCCUUCAACGGGCCGUACGCACACAGGGAGGGGCCCGAGUACCACUGGUCUCUCUACGAAGGAAAAGUCCCCUAUCCCAGGCCUGGUUCUUGUCCCAGCAAGGUGAACGGAGGGCGGUAUGGGACCACCAAGGACUACCCCGAUGACGCCGUUCGGUUUGCCAGAAGCCACCCACUCAUGUACCAGCCCAUCAAGCCCGCCCAUAAAAAGCCAAUAUUGGUGAAGACAGAUGGAAAAUACAACCUGAAACAGAUAGCAGUGGACCGAGUGGAAGCCCAGGAUGGCCAAUACGACGUCUUAUUCAUUGGGACAGAUGCUGGAAUUGUCCUGAAAGUCAUCACGAUUUACAACCAAGAAACAGAAUCCAUGGAAGAAGUAAUUCUAGAAGAGCUUCAAAUAUUCAAGGAUCCAGUUCCCAUUGUUUCUAUGGAGAUUUCUUCAAAGAGACAGCAGCUGUUCGUCGGCUCCCCCGCGGCCGUGGCGCAGCUGCGGUUCCACCAGUGUCACCUGUACGGCAGCGCCUGCGCGGACUGCUGCCUGGCGCGGGACCCCUACUGCGCGUGGGACGGCGUGGCCUGCUCGCGCUUCCUGCCCACAGGCACGGGCGCGCAGGCCAAGAGGCGCUUCCGCCGGCAGGACGUGCGGCACGGGAACGCGGCGCAGCAGUGCGUGGGGCAGCAGUUCGCGGGGGAUGCUCUGGACAAAACUGAAGAGCACCUGGCUUACGGCAUAGAGAACAACAGCACCCUACUGGAGUGCACCCCACGCUCUCUACAAGCCAGGGUCAUCUGGUUCGUACAGAAAGGACGUGAAGCAAGAAGAGAAGAGCCGUGUGUCGUCAUCCUGUCUAGCCACAAGCUGCUGGGCCAGGGACAAGAGGACCUUGUGGACAGUCCACGCCACACAGUUCGUCUGUGCCAUCACAAACAAUUCCGUUUUGUUCAAAUGAGUUGGAAAAGAAAUAAAUAUUCACCAAAUAAUGCUGUCUGAGGAAUAUUUUCUGUGUUUUCUCGCUAAUUGAACUCAGGUUUCCUGUAGUGCAUGUAAAUGUAAGCAUACAAUGUUGAACUGACAGGAUUUUUAAAAAGUUAGGAAAGCAGUUGUCCUUCUGGAGAAGUUUUUGUCGGGUGUCCAGGGGACCACUUGUACUGGCUGACACGCCCUGUUCUAGGACCAGCAGUGUGGAAUUCCCUCCCCAGUCUGGCUCCACUGAGAGCUCUGGCAGAUGAGCACUUCAGAGCGGUAGCUGUUAAAACCUGGGUGACUUCUGCAGCUUUCAGGACCUGUUUUCAGGUACCUGAGUCUGCUGUUUUUGAGAGCUCGUAGGGAGGCCCUGAGGAAGAGGUUUGUAUCCACUGACUCUUGACAAGUUCUGAUGUGGGGGUGAAUCUUAUUCCAUUUGUAAAUAGUUACACAGUUUCAAAGCACACAUGAUGCGCAGCCCUUGGACGGGGUCUCUCACAGCUCUGUGAAGUGACAGUGGCAUCCAUGGUGACUGCUGUCCAUGCUUGAAGCCACUCCUGUGUAGCACACGGCCAAUGCGCCCUGCGGUGUGUGAUGAAGCCUUUGAAACAGCUCCUUAGAUGCAGUGUCUUAGUGAGAGAGAAGAUAAACCAUCGUGGUGGCUGGAACUCUCUGUUAUUAAAUGGAACAGACACUACUCGUGGUUUUUGUUGCUUGUCGAUUGGCACCACUGAGAGAGGUCCCAGACCCUAUGCUGUGUGGGUACUGAGCCCUCCAGGGUCAGCACACAUGGUCCCCAUUCAGCAGGAACACAGCAGCAGCUCCCCUGGGUGGUCCACACUGAGACGUGACCCAGGCCCAAAGUCCCUUCAACAGAGCCAGGGGGACAGGGAGGGCACAGCACAGGCACAUUGGCCUCAGAGCACAUAGCACCGAGGGGCAGAAGGAAGGGGGUUCUAUGACCCCCAACCCACAUGACACCGGAAGCGGAUGGGGGGGCCAGGCUACUGGUGACCCCACUGGGGCAAAUCCAGACCCAUGAGGCCCCCGCCUGUGUGGCACACCAUGCAGCCCGUACCCUUCCUGUGCUUUGCACCCUGAAGCCUCCAUCCUCCUCCCCUGACCCCGGGGCCAGUGAGGAAGGUGCACAUCUCCAGGGAUCCUGCAAGAGUCUUGGUGCAAAGCCCAGGGCCACGGGAGCUCUCACGGGCCUCAAAACCAACCCAGCGCCAGGCAGGCCACAGCCGUAGCUCUGUUCCUGGCUUUUAGAGGGCCUGGGUCCAUGGACCCUGACAGAGACAGCAGGCUGUGUGUGAGACGCAGGCUCACCCAGCUCAGUGCUGGCCUCAGUGGCCAGGGCCUUUCUCUACCCCACCCUUCCACAGCCCUGCGGUCACUAGGUCAGAGAAAGGGACUCCAGGUGCAGAGGAGUAUGCAGCUGCUUAGCCUUUCAGGAAGGCCAGGCAUGGGCAGGUACGUAAGGCAUUCCACAAACUCAACAGCAAAGCAAGAACAAAGCCUAAUUUAGAAAGUCAAUCUCAAUAGACAUUUCUCAAAGAAGACCACAAUGACCAACAAAUGAAUGCAUGAACGUUCAACACCAUUACUCAUCAGGGAAAUGCAAAUCAAAACCAAAAUGAGUCAUUCCUGCACCGUGGGAGAAAAGAUAAAGGAAAGAGCAGUCCACGGAGGGGCUGGUGUGGCUGUGCAGGAAAAGGAGCCCCUGCACAUGGUGGGCGAGAACGCGAAUUAGUACAUCCAUCAUGGAAAACCGUACAUUAAACAGAGCGCUCACAUGGUCCAACAAGCCACUCUUGGUGAUUUACCCAAAGGAAACGAAGUCAGUGGUGUGUGCCAGAGUAACCUGUGCGCUGCAUGUUCCUGUUAGCACUCUUCUCAAUGACCAAGAAACGGAAACAGCCUACAUCUAUCAGCAGAUGGAGGAUGAAAAUGUGGCGCACAUACGGAAUGAGGUACCGUGCAGCCUUCCACAGCAGGGCCUCUCAUUUGCAGCAGUUUGGAGGGGUGAACUCAUUGCUUCAGUGACAUCAGUCAGGCACACAAAGACGAGUAUUGCCUGGGCUCACACAAGGCGAUGUUAGGGUUUGGCGGAUGUCGGAGGCUGGGAAGCUUAGGGGCCAUGGAGACGGUGAUCAAUGGGUAGGAAGACAUAGUUGGAGAGGAACAAGCAGUUCUGGUGUCCUUGCAAAACAGAGACGCUGUCCCUAACAGUAGUGGUCUGGAAAUCUCCAACAGCCAGCAGAGAGGAUGUGGGAAGUUUUCGACAUAAAGAAGGGCUAAUUGAGGAGACAAAUAUGUGUAAUAUGACUUAGCUAUCACACAGUGAGAGCAUGCAUCCAGCGUUAUCUGGUCCACAGUAAUGUGCACAACUCCUGUAUUUUUAUGAGUUAGUUAAAGAACAAAGUAAAGCCAGGCCUGGUGACUCAUGUCUGUGAUCCCAGCACUCUGAGAAGCAGAAGCAGGAGGAUCAAAGUCCAGCUCAGCCUAAACAACUUGAGGAUACACUGUCUCAAAGUAAAAAAAUACAAAAAUGUCACUCGAUGUGAAGGCCCUGGGUUCAAAUCCAGGGCACUUCAAGAAUAAAUAAAUUAAUUUUUUAAAAAAGUAUGAAAAGCACUGUGCUAGGCUCUAAGUGUGUAAAUGUUAAUCUUGUUAGUCACAGAGACAAUACAAAUUGGACUAUAUUUGCUUUCAGAAUGUGUUUCCAUUAUCCAUUGGGAAAAUUGAAAACUGCCAUUUUAAUUUAUCAAGUAUGAAAUACAAGAAGAGCAGAAUUUACAAAGUAUAUUUCAAGUAUUUGUCAAAAUGUUAUCAACUCUGAAUCUUGAGACACUCAGCAGAAAGGCAUUAGAAAUCUAUGCUUUAAUUCAGAGGAGCCACAGUAGUACAGCUAUGAAAAAUGAUCCAUAAAAAGAGAAAACAAUUCAGGAAAAAAGAGCAAGAACAACAAAGAUUGUCAUCUCUAUCGACCAGAAAUGAGCCAGGAAGGGGAAGCAGCCACUGGGCCUGAAGCCGUGGGUACAGGCAUGUGUCCCUCAGAAGGCCGGGUGGCAUGAACCCCAGGCUGCACAGAGAGAAUGUUCCAUGUGUGCCAGAUAGACACGAGAGCUGAUCUCCCCCUGGGGAAGCUGUGAAAGCAGGGCGUUUGGGCAUCUCAUAUCGCCAGGUCUUCUAACAUACAGAGGCUCCUGUGCAGCCAGGAGAGGCUGGAUACAGUCUCGCCCCAGCUCUCACGACCCACUUAACCACUGCCUGCCCUUUAUUUCCAUCCAGGUUUGGUUGUUAGAGGGUAAUAGCCCAGGCACCUUAGCACUGGGGCCUUGCAGUCAAGAGCAGUAAAGGCCCUGUUAAUGGCACCGAGGCUGGGUGAGGCUGGGAAGCCAGAGGAAACUCACAGCAGGCUGCUGUGCACUGAACUCUGCCAGUCUGACCCUUUCCCCAGGUCCACAUGUUGAAACCCCACCCUUCUUGAGUGAGGGAGUAUUUGGAGAUGGAGAUUUUGGAAGAUAAGAUUAAAGGAGGCUCCGAUGGGUGAAGGCUUUCAUAGUAGCCGACUGAGAGAGGAGAGAGAGGACUAAGGCUAAAUAGAGGCAUCUGUGGAGAGCGGUGGGCCACACCCUGUCAGGUGUGGAGACUGCUCACUCAGCGGUCGGAAGAAGAGGCCCAGAGCGGAGCCCCCGAGGUGUGCAACCCCUUCCCUGUGGGUCCGAAGGGGAAUCAAGUCAUAAACUCACGUUUCAGUGCUUCCGGCACACAGAGGGCCAGAGCUAGUUACAAGCAUGAUCACCCUCAGAAAAGCUUCCAUGAGCUUUACCUAUUUUGAAAGAAUAUUUGGAGACGCCAGCCUUUGCCACGAGUCAGUGCCACUGCUGGGGAGGAGACUGAGAAGGCAACAGGAGCAAGCACUCUGUGCAAGUCAGCCCCACGUGCCGGCCACUGCGGGGCAAGCACACACCAGCCCCUUCUGGAGCACGGGCUGAGAGGCUAGAAGAGCCAAGGGUCCCGAUCCCCCACCGUAAGUGACCAGCUGAGCUGACCCAGAGAAACGCAGGCGGUGAUGACAGCUAUUGAGGUAAAAUACAGCUCACUGCUUGUAGUGCAGGGCAGCCCUCCCACGGUGCUGGUUCUGCAUUUGAGUCUGCUGACCAUGGACUGGCUUUGGAGGUCUAAAGCAGUAGUCUGAUCAUCAAUUCAGAGGAUCACAAUAUGUAAUCUAGCCUCUAUGGGGAUCUCCUUUGAAGGCGGUAUCCAUUGUUUAUUUCCUAUUGUCUUGCUUUGAAGUCCUGUAUCACUUUCAUUGUUUUUGUUGGGUUGGGUUUUAUUAUGUUUUGUUAUGUUUGAUUUUGUUAUAUCUGAUGGCAUGUGCAAAGAUAACAAGAUAUAUUAUGGUAGCCAUUUUGGAUUUACUAUUAUCUUGUUUUGAAGUUUAUUGCAUUCAUUGUUUUACUUUUAUUGGUCCUAUUCUGUUCUGUUUUGUUUGAUUUUUACUGGAUUUAAAUAUAUGGGCAGCUAUUUUGAAGGCAACAAGAGGCAUUAUGGUAACCAUUGUUGAUUUCCUAGUAUCUUGUUUUGAAGUGCUGUAUCACACUGUUUUGUUUUCAUUGGCUUUAUUCUGUUUUAUUUUGCUUGGUUUUAUUUUCUUCAAAAUAAAAAUUAAAAAAGUUUAAA